GAGCAACGUUGUCGAUGAAGGCCACGACGAGCUCCGCCAAAGCACAGAAAAUUUCCACCGCGUUAACAGAAGGUCUCGUUGGAGUCCAUAUUGCUCACCUCGCACCCCAACAGCUCGUCUGGCUACUGUGGUAUUGGGAAUGGUAACAAUUUCUCCUUAUCAUCUCCUCCUCGCUCAACUGUCCCUUAUCUAGCGUCUUCCGAUCGGUCUAUAUCCCUUGCCUACCUCCAGUACAGCAUCAGAUACUCGUUAUCGCGGCAGUGUACGAUUUUCAGAACACAAUACGGUGCCGAGUCGUGACGGCUUCUGAUCUGUCACAUUACUAGCGGUGCGAUCCAGAUAACUGCCCGCGUUGGCAGUCGGACCAACAGAGCACUUGUACGUGCUGUGACUUCCCUGGCCGGACUGCGACAUACGACAAUAUGAACGGCUCAUCAGAUCGCCGACACAGUACAGCGGCAGCUGUUGAGCGUUGGCGUACCGGAUCGCCUUCCGGCUCUGAGCGCCGCAAGCUCUCCUUCAACCCCGUCAGCGAAUGGGGCCCUCCGGCCGCUCCAGAGGAGCCUCGCGGUGCUUUUGAGGUCAGCAGAACGAAACGGGUAUUGCAAGUUGGCAUAGCAGUCAUAUACUGUCUGCUUGCCGCGGGCAUAGUUUUCGGAUUCGCAGCUUUGAAGCCAGUUCUGGUUAAAGAAGGAGUCUACAAAGACACGUGCACCAAGCAAGAGAUCGAGGAAGGUGUGUGGGUCUGCUAUGAGCAAGAGUUGCGUCUCAACUUGAUGUUCACGGUUGCGGCUGUCAGUACGAAUGUCUGUGCUCUGCCUGUAGGAACAAUACUCGACCGCUACGGACCGCGUAUCGCAAGCAUCAUCGGCGUGGUGUUCCUCACGCUGGGUUCGCUGAGCAUGGCCUUUGCGGGAGACCUACCAUUUGAUGCAUACAUACCCGGCUAUCUCUUCCUCGCGCUUGGUGGACCGUUUGUCUUUAUCCCGUCCUUUCAACUCAGCAAUACUUUCCCAAGAAACUCGGGGUUGAUCUUAGCGCUGCUUACGGGUGCAUUCGAUACCAGCAGCGCCGUCUUCCUGGUGUACCGGCUUACUUACCAGAAAACCAACGGUACAUUCACGCUCAAGAAGUUCUUUCUCAUCUACCUGAUUGUGCCGGCUCUCAUCCUCCUUGCGCAGCUUUUUGUCAUGCCAACGGAUUCCUACAAGACCGUUGGUGAGCUCGCGAAAACGGCAGAGGAUCCUGCAGCCGAUGGGCACGUUGACAACGACGUCAACGAGGAGACGGCGCUUCUAGGGUCAAACUCGGACAAGCAACAGAAAGCAGAGGAGGAGAAGGCUGCUCGAUCGGGCGUUUGGGGCGCAUUGCACGGCAGGACGGCCUGGCAGCAGAUUCGCACGCCGUGGUUCGUGCUCAUCACGCUCUUUACCGUAAUCCAGAUGACGCGGAUCAACUACUUCGUUGCUACAAUACGUACGCAAUACACCGAGCUACUACACUCUCACGCCGCGGCGGUCCGGAUCAACGAGUUCUUCGAUGUCGCGUUACCGCUGGGAGGCGUCAUUGCUGUACCUUUUAUUGGUUUCGUACUGGAUUAUACCAGCACACCUUUUGUCCUGGGUCUUCUCGUUACAAUCGCAACAGCAAUCGGCAUACUAGGUCUUGUACCGCAAAUGUGGGCCGGGUACGCCAACGUUUGCCUCUUCGUUGUCUACCGCCCGCUAUACUAUACUGCAGUAUCGGACUACAGCGCCAAGGUCUUCGGCUUCGCAACAUUUGGCAAAGUCUAUGGACUGAUCAUCUGUCUGGCUGGACUGUUCAAUUUCACCCAACAAGGGCUGGAUGCAUUGACGCACAAGACAUUUCACAACGAUCCGGUGCCGGUGAACGCGCUGUUGCUGUGUCUGGCAGCUUUUGUUGGCGUGUUGCUUGUGGGAUAUGUGACGCGGAGGAGCUACAUGAUGGGAAGGGAGAAGCUGGAGGAAGAGGCAGAGGGGGCCCGUGAGGUGACGAUUCCAAAUGCGCAUGAGUAGCGGGCAGGAACUGUUCACGGUUUAGCAAGGCGUUGGAGGCAGCGAUAUCCAGCUUGUUGUGGCGCCACAGCUACGUAUAGGAGCGAUAUCGUCGUUUCUCCAAGUAUUUAUUGAGUUUGGGACGUAUAGUGCUUUUCUGAUACUGUUCCAUGGUGGCGGUACCACCAGUCACGUGGUCCCUCGGCUUCAUUUCUAGAAGCUCCGACGCUAGUGUGACG